AUGGCACCUACCUUCAAUGAUCUGGGCGCAGACCUUUCACGGAUUCUGAAAAGCCGCUGGGAAACUCAAUAUCCACUCCAUCGCUUUGUCCUCGUCUCCAUCACAACCGCACUCCCAGGUGCAUUCCUUCUCUUCAUUCAAAACAAUCCGGACUCUUGGGCGGCGAAGCGGCGGACUCAGGUUGUAAAUGCGUUGCAUGUGCUAGCUCUUGUUACAGUCGCCGGUCAGAGGAUUUCGGUGCAGGACAUAUUAGUGGCGGCUUUGGUUAUGACGUCGUUCGAGGCGUGGCGGACAAUCACGCACAGUACGAUUGAAGGCAGAGACCCUGAUGCGCCUUCAACUUUAGCGGUUAAAACACUACUCUCUUCCACUCAUUCCACUGUUGCCGAGUCGGAUAUCGCAGUCUGCCCAGGCAACAAAGCAAAUAACGCACAGGGAAGUGUAGCAGCGCGCACCUUCGCCACUGCAGAUCCUAAGGACAAAGAGAUUAUGCACCUCCAGAACACCUUGAUUGAGGUGAAAACAGCGGAAAAGAACAAGGAAACCGACCUCAAGCGAACUCAAGUGGAUCUACGGAAUGCGCGGGAGACUCUUACGGAGACUUUUGCUGAGUACACUAGCUUGCGAGAUGAGAUGAAGACGAUGAAGGCCAAUAUUGGGCGUGACCAACAGUCUGUUAUCUAUCGCAAAGACAUUGAGCUGUUCGCGCUGCGAAAAUCGAUCGAACAAAAGGAGUCAUAUAUUAAGGAGAAGGACGUGAAAGUGGAUGAGAUCAAGAGGCAACACAAGGCUACUUUAGAGCUCAAGGAUGCGCAAAUCCGGAGUCUUAAAGACCGGGUUGCAAUAUUCGAAAGUCACGAGAAACAAGCUAUCCACAAUCGAUCCAAGAGUGAAGGCCAACACCAAGCAGCGCUCCGAGUCAAGCUUCUUAAGGUAAAUGGGCGAAGCUCUGAAGAGAUUGAGCGCCCGAGCGAAGAGAAAGAUGCCGAGAUUGCUAGACUUAGAGAUUGUCUAGCGGGAGCAGAGAAGGCUUCGGAAACUUUGGCACAUGCCCAAGCAGAAUUACGCAGGGCUUGGGAUGCAACCUUGGAAGCAGAACGUGCUUUGAAUGAGGAACGGCGGCAUCAUGCGCAAACCCGAGCCGAACUCCAAGAGACUGCGAACCGAUUUGAGGAUGAGCUUAAGAGGAGCAGCCAAAAGAGCUCCCCAACCAGAUUACCUACCAUCGACGAACAAGAUCGAAAGGAGCUAGAGGCCAUGUUUAAUGCCGCCCAACAGGACAACCUUCGACUAUACUCCAAUCUCGAUGCCGCGGACAAGGAGCUCCGCGAAAUUACUACCCGGUUAUCUACUGCUGAGCAAGAGCUCGAUGCACUACGUGAACAGCUUAAACUUGAACAGUCAAUCAGCGCUGAUAUGGAAACGGCUCGACCCAGCAUCGUCCACCGUGUGCACUUCCAACGAAUGGAAGGCCAGCUAAAAGAAUCAAGGGACCUUCUCACAGCCAAAAACGACGAAAUUCAGCAACUGCAGAAAAGCGCUUCUGCAAAAGAUGCAGAGAUUAGUGCCAUCAAGAAGACCAAGGAAGCUGCAGAAACCACACAAUUCCAACUCCAAGCCGAAAAUGAGAAUCUCAAGAAAUCCAUCACUGAGCUAGAAGCUACCAAAACCCAGCUGAUGAUGGAUCAUGAACGUCUAGCGAAAUAUAGAGCUCGAGAUAGGAAUUCGAAUUCGAGCUCCAGUGCCGAUCACAUGUCCGCGAGAUCGAGUGGCGCGACGUUGAUUACGGAGCCGGUACACUUGGUUAUGCAAUCUGAAGUCCCGCUUCCAGAUCGCCCCGCGACUGUUGUAGGAGAGAGCGGCAUGGUUGUAUCUGCAGCUGAUACUCCGAAAACAAAUAGCUUGGUAGAUAGUCCUCGGGCGAAUGGCUUCUCGAUGAUAUCGAAUGAUACCCCACCACUAGAAUUACGCUCUAGCCGCCGCAAGAGCCUUACACUAAAGGGCCUAAUGCGGAAGAUGGGCAGGAAGGAACAUGAUGAGGCGACUGAGAAGGAGGUGGAGCGUAGAGAUCGACCAAAAACAGCAUUGGCGUUAGGACCGAAAGAUAAGAACGCGGCGUUGAGACCGAAGACGGCGUUGGAAACAAAGGAUAAGAACGCCCAGAUGAGACCAAAGACUGCAAUAGACGUGCUCUCGAAGAAGGGGGGUGAUGAAGCAAAGACUGCAGUAGUACUCAAUGAUGCAAGUCGGCAAGAAGCGGUGGGACCGAAAACGUCGACCGCUGCGCAAAAGGAGAAUGCUGGCGCUCCGGACUCUCGGCGUCCGAAGUCUAGGGGCUGGGGAAGUCAAUCGUAA